AUGUACAUUGUGUUUUUCAUGUGUGCUAUACUUACUACUGUCCAAGGGAAAAUUGUGCUCGCUGAGCCAACAGUAAAACAAAGACGACAAAAAUUUGAAGAAUAUCUAUCAAGAAAAAAGACCUUUUCUGGCGUGCCCAUUCAAGACAACCAGGGAUCGAUCAGUAGCAGAACUAGGAGAGCAACUAGCAAUAAACUGCAAGACAAAAUACAGGUCUCAACAUCUCCAAAGCCAGAAAUGGAAAAUAAAGAGAACGCUAAUAAACUGUCAUGGGACCAAUCAAGUGGAACCUCAGGAAAAAAUGUUAUUUUAAACUCUUCCACAAUCACAGUGACAGAUUCUGUAUCAGGCACAAACUAUAAUCCUGAAGAUCAUGCUUCCAAGGAUGAAGUCACUGAAAUACAAUGUCAGCAUGUGUCACUUAGCAAGUCCUUCCUGCAAAAAAGAAGCAUAAAAGAGAAGCAAUUGAUUGCAGAAAAAAAAAAUUCAAGCGUCAGCCUACCCAAGAAACCAGUACUUGGUACAUAUCGUGGCAAAGUUAUCCAAUCCAAGAUAAACUCCUUCCGAAAAACACCAGGAAGUGAGGGGGAAAAGAGUUCUUUGCCAGACAAGAUGCUUUGUCCUUCUGCCACCAAACCAGCAGCAAGUUCUUCGUCCAUGAGCAGCCGUAGUGUAGUUCUGAAGACCACCAAAGUCACAAACAACCCUAAUUCUGUAAAACCAAAUGGUGUCCUACCAUUCCAGAGCAAACAGUCUGACAAAGCUGCUAUUAACUCAGAGUUCAGUCUGAAGAAGAGGCAACCGACAUCUGCUGUAGCACCAAAGAAAGUAACAGUCCAAAAAUUGAUCAGCGGAAGGGGACCACAGCCGCUGAAGGCUGCUUCUAACAAUUCUGACCACCGCAUGCUAGAAGUGAAGAAAUGUGCAGAUUUUUGUGAAGAUGCAAAACCAGUUUCUGUUGUUCCUGGUACAAAGUCAGGACAGAAUUCUAAACCCAAUGGUAACAGAAAAUCUGUUCUGCCAAAAGAGUCUGCAGAAGAGAGAAGGGCUCGCCUGGAUGAAUGGAGGGCAUCCAGAGGAAAAGUGAUGAGGAGACCUCCUACAUCUGUACUUCUGGGACUCCAGUCUAAAAGUGAAGAACAAGAACUCUCUUCUGGUGAUUCUUUAGAGCACGUACUACAUAGCGAAAAGGUCAACAAGACUCUUGCAGAAUGUCUGCAGUUAAUCGAACAGGGAUGUCAAGGUGAUGAAGUACGUGCCAUAUUGGAAGAUCUGACACAGAGCAUUCCUGGGGCUAAAAAGCUUGCUAAAUAUUGGAUCUGCUGUAUGCGUCUUGAAAAGAUGGGCCCUCUUGAAAAGCUUAUUGCUGUCUAUGAGGAGGCCAUUUUGGCAAGAGCAGUGCCUAAAGAUGAACUACGACACACACUAAUAAACACUAUAAAAAAUACCGAAAGCCUUUUUAAGUCUGAGGAUGGAGGAACUGUGAUAGAAGCUCAUUUAAAUGAGGUAGUGGAAGUCAGCAAGGAACCAAAUUCAUCUACAGAGCAGGCUCAGGAGGCCUUCAAGGAUCUCUGCUCUGAUGAUGACCGAAAAGCAGAGAGUGAUGACAAGAAGGCAGAGACUAGCAAUGAAGUGAUCAAAAAAGAAGAAAUGGAUUUAGACUGGAAACCGGGAGAAGAGAUCUUGCCAAAAAAGAAUAAAAAGCACAAGACUAAGGAACGUACAAAAAAGAAAGGAAAAUGUGAAACAGAAGAGCAGAAUGAGGAUGGGGUAAAAGAUGUAGCCCAACCAGUUAAUUGUCCUGAGAAGGAGAAUGACACAUCUUAUUUAAUGAGAUACAAUCCAUCUACCACACCAUACUUGGAAAGUGUGAAGAUGCACCAUGAGGCAAAUGACUCCAGUGCUAAAGACCUGAAAAUUGUAACCCCUUUGCGAUAUUCUCAACGCAUUCGGGAGAAGAUGUGCAAGUCAGAUACCGUUAAAGAUCAAGAUCCAUGUGUCUCUUCAUUUGAACAGCUGGGAGAACUGGAAUAAAAAGCCACUGCAUUUAUCCACAAACAGAGCAAUGCGCUCAAGGAAACAAGUGCUGAAGUAGAAAAGUAA